CAAAGAAAACUUAAUAUGGCAAUGAGUUCUAAUUACUUAGACGCAGCUGGUUUAAAGGAAACAUUUAGGAGGAGCCCUUUCAAGUUCGCUAACACAAAGGUUCCCCAAGUUGGCUUACGCGAUAGUUCCUCUCCUAUAAAGAAAGCUCCUGAAGAUGAAGCUCCAAAUGAUCGUCUCAAUAUCCAGACUCCAUUCAUCGAAUCAGCCCUUUCCACAUCUCGGCUUCAGAAGAGGAAUACAAAUUUAUACUAUGACUACAUACAACUAAGCCAAGGAAUAAGCCAAGGUCGUGUAGAAGUCGUCAAGGACUUCUUGAACCGUCGUCCCGACGCAGUAGACGAAUGGAUAAACUUUUACGAGACACCUUUGUUGAAAGCUUGCGCGUGUGGGAAGCCUGAGAUUGUUAAAGAGCUUCUCCGUCGUAUGACACCUGAACAGAUGAUUCCCAAGAUGAGCCAGAAUGCUUCAUACCACACGCCUCUCACCGUCGUUGCGGUUAGUGGAAACAUGGAGAUUGCUGAAGUCUUGAUCGCCAAGAACCCUAAGCUGCUAGAGAUUCCUGGAAACAAUGGUCAGAUUCCUGUUGUGGUUGCGGUCGAGAACACGCAGAUGGAGAUGGCUCGUUAUCUUUACAUUAGAACUCCUGUUCAAGUGUUGCUUGAUGAAGAUGGGUAUCAUGGUUCCUUGCUCUUCCUCAACGCCAUCUUUUAUAAAAUGCUGGACAUCGCACUGGAUCUGUUCAGCUUGUCUGAACGCUUGGCCGUUACAAAACAUUCGCAAAUAGAGUCAAUACCCAUCAUUGUUUUGGCUUCAAAGCCUGAUCUUUUUCCUGGUGGCUGUUAUCUCGGACCGUUGGAACGCUUCAUCUACUCUUGGUUAGAAGUAAAGCUGCCGACUCUUCCAGAGGCUACCCGUUCAGACAAAGAUCAACAUAAUACUCUGAUGAGGAAACUGCUCAAAUUACUCACCAAAUGGACCGGAAUAGACGAAGUGUACCGAAUGAAAGUGAUGCAUCUACAAGCGGAGAAGCUUCUACUAGGAAUAUCAAAGGAAACACUAAAAAUGGGACUGAGAGAACGUUCUGAGACGGUGGACGAGGCUUUACUCUUCGCAGUAAGAUUUGGAAACGUUGAUUUCCUUGUGGAGAUGAUCAAGAACAACUCCGAGCUUCUAUGGUCCACGAGAACUAGCUCCAGCAGUACUCUGUUUCUCUUGGCCGUCGAGUUCAGACAAGAGAAAGUGUUUAGUCUCCUCUACGGUCUUGACGACAGGAAACACCUGUUGCUCGCUGACAAGGACUGUUACGGCAAUGGUGUGCUUCAUCUCGCCGGUUAUCCUUCCCCUCCUUCUAAGCUCUCUAACGUCGUAGGCGCAACUUUGCAGAUGCAACGCGAGUUACAAUGGUUCAAGGAGGCUGAGAGGAUCGCACCGGAGAUAGAGAAGGAGAGAGUGAACACAGAAGAGCAGACACCGAGCGAGAUAUUCACAAAGGAGCACGAAUCGUUACGCAAAGAAGCAGAGAAAUGGAUGAAAGACACGGCGAUGUCGUGCAGCUUAGUCGCGGCUCUCAUCGUCACGGUAACGUUCGCGGCGGUCUUCACCGUUCCCGGCGGCACUGACGACAAUAAAAAAGGUAUCCCCUUUCAUCUAAAAGACCCGCAUUUCGUCACGUUCGUCGUCUCCGAUUUGGUCUCGUGCUUCGCCUCGUGCACCUCUGUUCUCAUAUUCCUCGGGAUACUCACCGCGAGAUACUCCUUCGACGAUUUCUUGGUGUCUCUGCCGACGAAGAUGAUCGCCGGGCUCUCGAUACUGUUCGUCUCCAUCGCGGCGAUGCUUGUCGCGUUCUCUUCAGCUCUGUUUACGAUGUUUUAUGACGAGAAAUGGAUAGUUCCUCCGACGAUACUUCUCGCUUGUUUCCCGGCGUUGCUGUUUGUUCUGCUUCAGUAUCCUCUCCUUAAAGAGAUGAUCUUUUCGACUUACGGCAAAGGAAUCUUCGACAGAAACAUGAAAUGUUGGUCUUAAUGUUAAUGUACAUUGGAACAUAAAUGUCCGAAAACUCGUUGUAAAAGCAUAUACUAAGCGGAGACACUGAUCUACUUUGAUAUUCUCAUGCACGUAGAAAUGUUUUUUUUGUUGUAAAGUUUCACACUUUGAAAUGUGUUUGGAAGAUGGCAUUAUCCACCAUGUAUUUAAAUGGCGUUGUUUUUUUUUAGGUACCCCUUCAUCAAGGUCAUGCAUCCUUUAUUUUGUU